UCAAUAUUUGCUAGCGCACACAGUUUACCAGCAAUAGCCAGUACGUUACUAUAUUGCAUAAUCUAUCAUUAACUAAUUUGUUGGAAAGUGCAGUUUUCGUUAAGUUAUAUUCUACAUUUUGGCAACAGUUUACAAACUUUGUUCAACACACGUCCUGCUAGCAACUUAAUGUCUCAGUCGGUGUGUUUACAUGCACAGCAGAAACCGGGGUUAUGGUCUGAGAAAACUAAUCAGAUAGUGACGUUUUUUCCACGUUCAAUCAGACCUUUUACAAACAGAUAUUAUUGAUCAUAUAUGUCUUUAUAUAUAUCUUUGGAAAAAGCAAAUGCAUCUGUCAUUUUUGGAAGGUAUAGGUCAGACAUUCACAGGCCUACACUUCCCACACAGUCUUAGUGUGGAUGUAAAUCGAAGCUGAGAGUCAAAACCUUAUCCACGUAGUUAAAAUAACUAAAAAUGAAAUGUGCUGAAGAACACAAGAAAAAAACAUCAGUGAAUGUCCUCACAGGUUACUACAUGGGGAUGUGUAUCGCUGCUCCAGAAAAAAACCUAGGAUACAUUCACCAGGUGAGUGACAGCUGGAGAGCAUUUCUCCUCUUCGCUAUAUGCCUUCAGUUGACCAGCUGGAUACUCGUCAUCUACUGGUCCCACCGUCACUGGCACAACCAUCCAAUCAGCCGGGCCCUGCAGGCCCACAUACAGCCUCCUUACUCCAGUUGGGGCUCUGUGGCAACCAGCAUCAACGAUGAGUUCAGACGCAUUGAUAAGUUUGCUACAGGGGCGCCUGGAGCCAGAGUUAUCAUUACUGACAGCUGGGUGUUAAAGGUGACCACCUAUCAUGUCUACAUGGCCUUACAGAGUGAAUGUCAUGUGACAGUGACAGAGUCCAGACAGCAUCAGCCGAGUCCAGGCUCGGCUUCCCCCACACAGAUAUUGACACUGCGGGUGGACAGCAUCAACCCUGCUGUCAGACCCUUUGAUAUCAGGCUCAACUCUACAGAGCAUGCAGAGUUCAGAGGGAAACUUCAUGCACCCAUCAGAAACUCUGCCAAUGUAGUGAUCCACCAAACCAUAAGUGAACUCUUCCUGGAAAUAUUUAGAGCCCAGGUGGACCUCAAUCAACUUUACACACUCCCCAGUGGACAGGAAAGGGAGCCCUGUAUAGGCUGUAUGCAGGUUCCAGCAAGCACCAAGCUGGUCAGACUCUGCCAUACAGAAGGAGGAGAUAAUGAGUCGGAGUGCCAGCAGUGUUUCUGCAGACCUAUGUGGUGUCUGUCCUGUCUUGGCCGAUGGUUCGCCAGUCGCCAAGACCAGCAAAGACCCGAGACCUGGUUGUCUAGCAGAGUCCCCUGCCCCACCUGUAGAGCCAAAUUUUGUAUACUGGACAUCUGCAUGGUCCACUGACAAGACACACACAUACAGAUCCGAACAGACCUUUUACUCUUGAAAUAAUGUUGAGGUGUGUUUUUAUCCAACAUUCGGCAACAAAACUCUGAAGAGAAACAGUGUACAGGACAUUGGACUGAACUUAAUUAUGUACCUGUAGUUUAUUCUGUGCUUUCAAUAAGGAAUGAUCAUUUACAGUAUAAUUUACAGUAAUUACAAUGCUCUGAAAUUUGUUUUGAACCCCAACAUAGUGUAAAAUGACAUGAUCAAUGUGACAUUUUGGGAGAUACGUUUGUUUGGUGUUUUAACCCCAGUCAGACUUAUCUGACUGGGGUCAGACUUAUCUGACUGGGGUUAAAACACCAAACGUAUCUCCCAAAAUUUGGUAUUUUGGGAGAUGCCUCUUAAGGCACCAUAUUAGUUACCCUGAUCUAUCUGCAAUCAGUAAAGAAACAUCCAGAAUGUGUUUUGGUUAGAAAAAAAGACUUUUAACAAUGACCAGGACCUGUAUAACUGUUCAUCCACUUCAGAAUGUUCUAAAGAGGCAAUAUUAAACUGACUGACAUCAAAAUGUAAGCAGCCUUUAAGAGCAAAUCUCAAGUUAUCACUUGGUUAUACACAUGUAUACUCUGAGCAGGAAAAGUCAAUCAGACACAAGGAUUUAAAGACUUGCCUCCGCCUCAUUGUUUAUUCUUUAACAAAUCCUUAUAUGUUCUCAGUAAUAAUGUUAUUCUGCAAAACACAAUUAGUGUUUUUAAUUUUAAGGAGCGACUUGCAGGUUGGAGACCCCAGUAAAUUAAUGUUUAGGGAAAUGUUGUAGAAACUAGAUUUUCGGGGGAGGUGAAAUACAUCCAUAUACACAA